UUCCACAUUCCGCUCAUGUCGCGGGAAGGCGCGGAGACAAAACUCAACACUACGGUCGGACCAUGUCUCUAUAAAGCCCAGUUUGGUACAACGCAGAUGCCCGUAAACUCAUCACAUCGACCAUGUUUGGCCGAACGCUUACCCGUGAGCUCUCCCCGACGGCCUUGCGCCGGUCGCUGUCUACCGCCUCCGGGUCCGGACUGAAAAUCAACUCGGACCGUCUGCUGGAAACACUCCACCGCACCUGUGAAUGGGGGGCUGCCCAUCGCUAUGGCGAGGGCCCGACCGAGACGGGCAUGGCGCGGCUCUGCCUGACCGACGACGAUGCCAAAGUGCGACGAUGGCUGCAAGGUGAAGUCGAGAAACUUGACUGCACCGUGACCAUCGAUCAGAUGGGCAACAUGUUUGCCCGACAGCGAGGAUCUCUUGGAUCACCCGCGCCCAUGACGGCCAUGGGCAGCCAUCUCGACACUCAGCCCCGGGGCGGUCGCUAUGACGGCAUCCUCGGCGUCCUCGCGGCCCUGGAGGUCUUGCGGACCAUGAAGGAGCACGGAUUUCGCACCAACUACGACAUCGGGCUAGUGAACUGGACCAACGAGGAAGGGGCUCGAUUCCCGAAGUCCAUGUGCUCGUCAGGAGUCUGGGCGGGGGCCAUUCCCGUGGAGAGCGCUUGGGGGCUGACCGACAUCUUCAACCCGGCUGUCACCCUGCGCUCUGAGCUGGAGCGCCACGGCUUUUUCGGACAGGUCGCCUGUUCCAACGAUCCUGCCACAGGAUACCCGCUGGGCGCGCACUUCGAACUGCACAUCGAACAGGGGCCCAUCCUGGAAGAGGCCGGCAAGUCCGUGGGUGUCGUGCGCGGUGCUCAGGGAUAUCGCUGGCUCACCAUCACCGUGGCUGGUCGCGAUGCCCACACCGGCACGACACCGCUGGCUGCGCGCCGGGAUCCUGUGCUGGCCGCAUCCAAGAUGAUCGUGGCUUCCAACGCGGUAGCAAAGAAGUAUGGUGCCCUGGCUUCUACGGGCGUCCUGAAGCUGCCACUCAGCUCAUCGACCAACACGGUCGCGUCGGACGUGACCUUCACUUUGGACAUUCGCCACCCCCAAGAUCGCAUCGUCCAUGCCGUCCAGGAGGAAUGCCUGCAGGCGUUUGCAGAUAUCGCUCGUGAGGACGGCAAGGGCGUGUCGUUUGACUGGACGCUAGACACAGACUCCGCUGCGGUAGAGUUUGACGAGACCUGCAUCAAGGCUGUCCAGGACGCGGCCACGCACCUGGUGGGUGCAAACAAAUGGAUGGAAGUCACCAGCGGCGCGGGCCAUGACAGCGUCUAUACCAGCCGGCACUGUCCGACUGCCAUGAUCUUUGUCCCGUGUAAGGAGGGAGUGAGCCAUCAUCCCGAGGAAUACUGCAGUCCGGCCGAUUGUGCUCUUGGCACGCAGACCCUGCUGGAGGCAGUGGUCAACUAUGACCGGACGAGAGGAGAGCGAAGCGCGCUCUAGGCCAUCAUUGCCCACCCAAUACUACGGGUAUAAUACUUCAAUUGCCACCAUCACCAAUACAUAAUCAAUCAUAAUCCCUUCGUAUCAAUGCCAUUU